UGAGGCAGAUGUUUGAUGAUUCGUCUCACGUUUUGGGUAACUGUGCUACAUCCUUUACAUCCCGUGAAGUUGAAUGUUACUAAUAUUCCGACUGAUGGCUCAAACCCUGUACAAAGUGUGGAUAAAACAUUUCAACUCACAAGAGCGGACAGGGACUUACUGUCUAAACAAGAAUAUGAUGUUCAGGCUUGGUGCAUGCUUUUAAAUGACAAAGUUUCCUUCAGGAUGCAAUGGCCACAAUAUGCAGAUCUACAGGUCAAUGGUAUGCCUGUUCGUGCAAUUAAUAGACCUGGUUCGCAACUUCUUGGAGCUAAUGGUCGUGAUGAUGGUCCAAUUAUCACACCAUACACGAGAGACGGAAUUAAUAAGAUUUGCUUAACAGGAUGUGAUGCCCGUAUUUUCUGCUUAGGGGUUCGUAUUGUGAAGAGGCGCACUGUCCAACAGAUUCUCAACCUGAUUCCCAAGGAGUCUGAUGGUGAGCGUUUUGAAGAUGCUCUUGCUCGUGUUUGUCGUUGUGUUGGUGGCACUGCAAUGGAUAAUGCUGAUAGUGACAGUGACUUGGAAGUUGUGGCAGAUUCGUUUACCGUCAAUCUACGUUGUCCUAUGAGUGGCUCAAGGAUGAAGGUUGCUGGUAGAUUCAAACCUUGUCUUCACAUGGGCUGUUUUGAUCUUGAUGUUUUUGUUGAACUAAAUCAGCGCUCAAGGAAGUGGCAAUGUCCAAUUUGUCUAAAGAACUAUGCGCUGGAGAAUGUUAUUAUUGAUCCUUAUUUUAAUCGUAUCGCUUCCAAGAUGAGGCAUUGUGGAGAAGAUGUUGCAGAGAUUGAGGUGAAGCCUGAUGGUUCUUGGCGAGUGAAGGUUAAAAGUGAAAGUGAACGCAGGGAACUUGGGGAACUUGGGCGGUGGCACCUUCCUGAUAGUACGCUUUGCAUUCCAACACUUGGAGAAACUAUCCCAAAAUCUGAAGUGUUGAAGACGGUCAAACAGGAAGGGGUUUCAGAAGGUCAUACUGGUUUGAAACUAGGAAUCAGAAGGAACCGGAAUGGUGUUUGGGAAGUCAGCAGACCUGAAGAAAUGAACACCUCUUCGGGUAAUAAAUUACAACAGCAGUUUGGAGAACAUGAGCUAAAAGUUAUCCCCAUGAGUAGCAGUGCCACUGGAAGUGGUAGGGAUGGUGAAGAUGCAAGUGUAAAUCAGGAGGGUGGUGGGAAUUUUGAUUUCUCUACAAACAAUGGAAUAGAGAUGGAUUCUUUUUCUCUGAAUGUUGAAUCAGCAUAUGGAUAUGCGGGACCAAAUUCUUCUGCACCAGUAGGAGAUGCAGAUGUUAUUGUACUAAGUGAUUCAGACGAAGACAUAAUGCCUUCUGAAGCCAUUUACGGAAAUAAUUUUACUGAUGCUGGUGGGAUUGGUUUUCCUGUGCCCGCUUCUGGAAUUGCUGAUUCUUAUGGUGAAGAUCCCGUGCUUGCUAAUGGUGGGAAUUCAUGCUUGGGUCUUUUUAGUGGCAAUGAUGACGAAUAUAUGUCCACCUGGCCAUCAUUACCUCCUGGAACUCAUGCUAACGCUGGAUUUCAAUUAUUUAGUUCUGAGGCAGAUCUACCAGAUCCCCUGUGUCUCCCGCUUGAUUCUGUAAAUUGUUCCACAUCUAUGAAUGGAUACACUUUGGCUCCAGAAACUGCCAUGGGAUCUACUACUUUAGCCCAUGAAUCAUCUGUUGGUCCUUUAGAUGCUGACAUGAACGAUGGCUUAGUUGACAAUCCCUUGGCUUUUGCUGGUGAUGAUCCCUCUCUUCAAAUAUUUCUUCCCACAAGACCAUCAGAUGCAUCACUUCAAUCCAAUUUGAGAGAUCGGGCUGAUGUGUCGAAUGGUGUUCAUUCAGAGGAUUGGAUAUCUCUUAGGCUAGGGGGUGAUGCCAGUGGCAUUAAAGGAGAAUCUGGAACUCCAAAUGGACAGAUUUCGAAACGGCAUGUGUCAUCUAGAGAAGCUACAAUGAAUUCUUUGGCUGAAGCUUCUUUGCUUCUCGGUAUGAAUAAUGACAGUGGCAGAUCUGACAAGAGAAGUAGGCCGAGAUCAAAUAGUCCCUUUUCAUUUCCUCGCCAAAAACGUUCUUCAAGAACACGGUUGCAUCUUUCUAUUGACUCUGACUCUGAAUAGAGGAUCUUGUAACCUUUUUUUUUCCUUUUGAGAACAACCACUUGCGCUUCUUUAAUUUAUACCUCCCUCCGAUAGAAGGCAUUCCCUGGAGUAGUCCUAUGGUUGACUAGAGGAUCUAGUUCUUGGUUUAAACCAUGAAGAGAGACUUAUUUUGGGUUCCUGUCGAAGGAUAGUGUUAAUGUGGUACAAGGCGACUGGGGUAGGACAAAUUGCAAAUAUACUGUGCUACAAGCACUUGUGCCCGAACCUGCAAAGUUUGACCCUGAUUCUGCAAGCUGAAUGCCUACUGCAUAUUCAAGGUAAAUUUCAUGCUUCAGGUACCUGAGUUUCUGAUACCUAUUGGGGUCCCAGUUCUCUCUUUCAAUGAUGAUCUGCAGGUCAGUGCCUGUAUUUGUACAGGGAAUAGGGUUUUGGAUCCAAAAAUUUGUGAUUGAAUCGAUCUAUUUAAAUCGUAGAUGUGGUGGGGGAACCCCAUCAAAGAUAUACAAAAUAACUUGCCUUGUCUCGGUUUUGUAAUCAGAGCAAUAGCUUGUAAAUAUUUACUCAGUUCAGUUGUUUAUAGAAAGUCAUUAUUUUUUCAAAAUUGAUACUUUUGUUAGUCUGCCACUGUUGAUGCCCAUUAUAUUGGUGCAUGAUAUUUCUAUCAACUUUGAAGUCCAUGAAGAGUACAGGAAGCAUGGCCUUUCUGUGUCACCCUGAUUUCAUAGUCAACAGUUGAAAUUAGAGCAUUGCAGGUGACUGUUCUAGUUAUUUAACUCAAGACUCAAAAAAUUUUAGACUUGUAAGUGGGAUGAACUGAUUUUCUUGCAUUAUUAAAUCGAGUUUCUUGCGAGUCUGUUUAAUAUGACA